AUGGCGCGGGUCCCGGGAGGGCUGGCGGCGCUGCUGCUUGUCACGAUCUGUUUGAACUUUGGAAAUGGACUUCACGUAGAGGUUUUUAAUCAAGCUGCCAAAAAUGACCAUCUGUCUAAUCAGAAUAGUAAAAUCAGACAAAAGCGGGAAUGGAUUGUUCCACCUGCUAGGGUUUUGGAAGAGGAUGACAGUGUGACGAGUAAACCAAUUGCUAAAAUAAGUUCGGAUCAUGCAGACGAGCCAGGGGUGGUAAUUACUUACACAAUUUCUGGCCAGGGAGUGACAGAACCACCUUAUGGAUUGUUUGUUAUCAAUGGAAAAACUGGAGAACUGAACAUAACAAGAAGAGUUGACCGAGAAAAAACUCCAAUGUUCUGGGUUAGAGGUCAUGCACUUGAUCAGAAUGGGAGAAAAAUGGAAGAGCCAUUAGACCUGAGAAUUCAAGUUGAUGAUAUAAAUGACAAUUACCCAGUGUUUUCAGAGGAAGUUUUUAUUGGCUCUGUUGAAGAGUUAAGUGAAUCAGGUACACUUGUGAUGAGGAUAAAUGCAACCGAUGCAGAUGAGCCGAAUAAUCUAAAUUCCAAAAUUGCUUUCAAGAUUCUUCAAAAUUCUAAUGCAUUCAGUAUUCUAAAAAACACCGGUGAGAUUGUAACAUCAACAUUAUACCUUGACCGAGAGAAACAAAGUAGCUACACUUUGACUGUAGAAGCAAGAGACAGAGAUGGAAACAAAAUUGGGCUAGCUACAACCAGUACUGUAAAAAUCAAGAUUUUGGAUGUCAAUGAUAAUACGCCUGUUCUUGAAAGGCAGACAUAUGAAGGCAGUGUCGAGGAAAACAGAGCAAAUGUGGAAAUUAUACGACUGAAAGUAUCUGAUGAAGAUGAAAAAUUCUCUGAUAAUUGGCUGGCAAACUUUACAAUUGUUUCUGGGAAUGAAGGGGGUUAUUUCCGUAUAGAGACAGAUGCUCGAACAAAUGAAGGAGUUUUGACUCUUGUGAAGGAGAUCAAUUAUGAGGAAAUGCAAACCAUGAACUUGAGCGUUGUCGUUACAAAUAAAGCAGCAUUUCACAAAUCAAUUAGUAAUAGUUACAAAGUAAAACCAAUUCCAGUCACAAUUAAGGUGAAAAAUGUGCCAGAGGGCCCUGUAUUCAAACCCAGCACAAAGGUGAUUAAGACAAGUGAGACUAUGACGAUAAACCAGAUUAUUGGGAGAUAUCAAGCCUUUGAUGAAGACACUUCAAAAGUAGCAGAACAUAUUACAUAUGUCAAAAAAAAUGAUAAAGAUAAUUGGAUCAUGAUAGAUUCUACUACAGCUGAAAUCAAGCUAAUAAAAAUACCUGAUUAUGAGUCAUCUUAUGUAAUUAAUGGUACCUACACUGCCACCAUUCUGGCCAUAACUAAGGAUUAUUCUAAGAAAACAGCCACUGGUACCAUUGUAAUUCAGGUUGUGGAUGCCAAUGAUAAUUGUCCAGUCAUUGUGACUCCAACACAGACUGUGUGUUCAGAUGCAAAGUUCUUCAGUUUUACAGCUGAGGAUCGAGAUGCUUAUCCAAAUAGUGCUCCCUUCACUUUUACUGUCAUUGAUGAGCCUGAAGGGAUGACAAAGAAAUGGGUAAUUGGAGACACAAAUGCAACAACCAUGCAGCUGUUACUACCACAAGAUGUAAAGCCCAGCACAAAUCAAGUUCAAAUUUUAGUGAAAGAUAUGCUAGGUUUAAGCUGUCCUGAAAAGCAGAUCCUUACACUGACAGUUUGUACGUGUGUGAAUGGGGAUUCCUGCCAGGACAGACAAAUCGACUCUUCAGUUGGGCUGGGAGCUGGAGCAAUUGCACUAAUUAUCUUGGCAAUUUUAUUAUUGCUACUUGUGCCACUCUUACUGCUGUUUUGCCAUUGGGGAUCAGGUGCUAAAGGAUUCACAGCAAUACCUGACAGUAAUGAAGAGAUGUUACAUAAAUGGAACAGUGAAGGGGCAGCACCUGAAGACAAGGCAAUGCUAACCCUCAUCGCUCCCACUGCAUUGGACAGCGCAGCAGGAAAUGUGCGCAGUGGAGCAGCAGCAGCAAUUGGUGCAGAGGCAGUUGGCACAGGAGGAGGCAGUUCUCGAUCCCAUAUCGAAGAACGCUAUGGUCAUGCUAGCAUGAGCAAUGGGAGAUGGGAAGAACAAAGACAUCUUCUUUCUGUUGCAAAAUAUGGAGCUAUGGCAGCUGGCGGGACCCUGGCAGCUGGCGGGACCAUGGCAGCUGGCAGGGCCACAGCAGCUGGGGAGGCUAUGGCAGCCGGCGGGGCCAUGACAAUGGGAGCUGGGGGGACCAUGAUGAUAGGAGCUGGACAGGCCAUGACUACGGGAGCUGGGGGGACCAUGAUGAUAGGAGCUGGACGGGCCAUGACUACGGGAACUGGAGGGACCAUGAUGAUAGGAGCUGGACGGGCCAUGACUACGGGAGCUGGAGGGACCAUGAUGAUAGGAGCUGGACGGGCCAUGACUACGGGAGCUGAAGCGGGCAUAGAUGAAGAAUUUUUGAGAGACUACUUCAAUGGGAAAGCUGCCACUUUUGCUGAUGAAGAUGAAGCUCAACUAGCAAAAGACUGUCUCUUGCUUUACUGUCAGGAAGAAGCAGGCUCCUCACAUGGUUCCAUUGGCUGCUGCAGCUUUAUUGAAGAUGACUUGGAUGACCGUUUUCUGGAUGAUUUAGGAGAUAAAUUUAAGACCCUAGCAGAUAUCUGUCUGGGCAAACAUGCAGAAGUGGAAACCAGCCAGCAUAGUUCUCAUGGGCUGCAGGCUAGUUACACAACUCUGGCUGAGGUUUCAGGGAUGCAAAGCAUAAGAGGGCAGACCACCAUUUCUGGACCUGGAAGGCAGGAGCGUAUACUAAUCACAGACCCCCUCUUUAACCAAACAGGCUUAGGUUUGGAGGAGUCUUCUACCGUAAGUAAGUCUUCAAACGUCACAAAAUACAGCACUGUGCAGUAUACUCGCUCAUAA